AUGAGAAGCCUGAGCGGGUUGCCACAGCUCGCCACGGCUCUGGUCUUCGUCGCCUUGUGUGUAGCGGUGCAGCAGUCGGAUUCUGCGGCAUGUAGCGGGUGUGCAGGAUCCAAAUGUGAUUGCACAGGAGUGAAAGGAACUAAGGGUGAGAGGGGUUUCCCAGGUCUGACUGGACAACCCGGAGUCCCUGGUUUCCCAGGACCAGAGGGGCCAAUCGGACCCAGAGGAGAGAAGGGCAGUGAUGGUCCUCAGGGACUGUUUGGGCCGAAGGGAAUUCGAGGGCCUUCCGGUUUACCAGGUUUCCCAGGCACACCAGGACUUCCAGGUUUGCCUGGAAAUGAUGGAGCACCAGGACCAAGGGGAAUUCCAGGAUGCAAUGGAACAAAGGGUGAAAGGGGUUACCCAGGAUCUGGAGGUAUUCCCGGAGCUCCCGGUCUUCAGGGCCCACCUGGUUUACCUGGAUCUAAGGGAGACCCAGGGGAUGUGAUCUCGACCAACCGAUUCGGAGAGAAAGGGGCUGUUGGCUUGCCUGGUUUACCUGGACUUCCUGGAAACCCUGGACCACCGGGCCUGUCAGGUCCCAGCGGCCCACAGGGACCGAGGGGAUACGACGGUCCUCCUGGUCCUCCCGGUGCCCCUGGCCCUAAAGGAAACAUGGGGCUGAACUUCCAAGGACCUAAAGGGGAAAAGGGUGACCCUGGUUUGGAGGGACCCGCUGGGUCUCCGGGACAAGUCGGAGAGCAGAAGAGAACAACUGACGCCGAGAUUGUGAGAGGAGAUAAGGGAGACCGAGGACCACCAGGCCCUCCCGGCGAUCCAGGUUUCCCCGGAUCCCCUGGUCCCUCUGGCGGAGCGAAGGGAGAGAAAGGAGAAGCUGGAGAAGCAGGCAAAAGAGGCAAACCCGGAAAAGAUGGUGACCCUGGAUCUGCUGGUUUCCCUGGUAGCAAAGGAGACUCAGGCCUUCCAGGUCCACCAGGCCGUGACGGAGAAAGAGGUAUAAAAGGUGACAGAGGAUACCCAGGACCUCCAGGAGUAGUGAUUGGAGGGCAGACUGGAAGUCGGGUUGGUCCCAAAGGGGAACCAGGAUAUCCUGGAUCUCCAGGACUCAAAGGGGAUAGAGGACCUCAAGGUCUAUCUGGAGCACCCGGACCCCCAGGAUCGACUGUUGCCACACAGGCCGGCUCGCCAGGAGCUCCCGGCUUCCCCGGAGAGAGAGGACAGAAAGGAGACUCAGGCGUCCCGGGCAUCUCCCUCCCAGGACCUCCGGGACGCCCUGGUUCCAUUGGACCCCAAGGACAGCUAGGCCCCCCCGGACCCCCGGGGUACUCCACCGGACAGAACUGCCUCGCAGGAGAGCCAGGGCGGCCUGGAGUGCAGGGAGAAAGGGGCUACCCUGGAGAGACAGGGCAGAAAGGUGAUAAAGGAGAUACUUGUGUCAAUUGCUUCGGAGGCUCUGGUUUACCAGGGCUCCCAGGACCAGCAGGACCUCGUGGGUUCCCAGGUGGUCCCGGUGGACCAGGACAAAAAGGAGAAAGUGGAUAUCCAGGAAACCCAGGGUCUCCAGGAGCUUCAGGCCCUCCAGGACCUACGGGACCUGCUGGGUAUCCAGGAGAGAAGGGCGAGCCUGGAGAGGCGGUAUCUAUCAGCGGUGUGAGGGGAGAGAAGGGGGACACAGGUUUCCCUGGGGCCCCUGGUUUACCAGGUCUGGAUGGACGGCCGGGCAGAGAUGGAUCACCUGGAGCACCUGGAGCUAAAGGAGCCUCAGGCUCUCUUCAGGUGAAAGGAGAGCGUGGACUUCCAGGUGAACCCGGUUUGUCCGGUAUCCCAGGAGACAGAGGUCCUCCAGGGCCCCCCGGGUUUGGACCCCAGGGCCCCUCUGGAGAGAAGGGAGUGCAGGGCGUGUCAGGCCGACCAGGAGGCCCUGGUGCUCCCGGUGCCAAAGGGGAAUCAGGUCUGACAAUUGCAGAGAAGGGGCUCCCAGGACCACGAGGUUUAGAUGGAGAGCCUGGUGUCCCUGGCUCCCCAGGAUCUCCUGGUCAGCCUGGACAGCCCGGUUUCCCAGGGUCACCAGGAGCAAAGGGAGACCCUGGGCUCCCAGGAAUUGGGCUUCCAGGACCCCCAGGAGCUAAAGGUUUUCCCGGUAUCCCUGGUCAGCCUGGAGCACCCGCAGGACCAGGAAGACCAGGAGUGGACGGACUGCCCGGACAGCCUGGAUUCCCUGGACCUAAGGGAGAACCUGGUUUUGGUCUGCCUGGUCCUGCAGGUUUGCCGGGGGUUCCAGGAUCUAAGGGUUUUCCUGGACCUAAAGGAGACCCAGGUUUCCCUGGCGGCCCGGGUGGUCCUGGACGUAAUGGAUUUGAUGGAGGCCCUGGAUCUAAAGGUGAAGAGCCCCAGGGCCACCUGGACCGAUUGGACCUCCAGGAUACCCUGGAGGAAAUGGUGCCAAGGGAGACCCUGGCCCCCCAGGGCUGGAUAUCCCCGGUCUGCCCGGAGACAGAGGCUCUCCAGGCUUUAACGGCGCUCCAGGACCAAUCGGACAACCAGGGCCCCCUGGAGGCCCAGGACGGGAUGGCCAACCUGGUCUGCCAGGAGCUAAAGGAGAUAUGGGCCCUGUUGGAUCUCCAGGACCUGCUGGAGGCCCUGGUGGACCAGGAGGACCUGGUGGUCCUGGAUUUAAAGGUGAACCUGGAUUCUCCGGCAGAGAUGGGGUUCCAGGAUCUCCAGGAGGAGAGAAGGGAGAACCAGGCCUGCCAGGCUCUCCUGGUGGACCUGGACAAAAGGGCAUCUCUGGUCUCCCCGGCGACCCUGGACUCCCUGGAUCUGAUGGACGACCCGGUGUUCCAGGACCCUCAGGUCCCAAAGGAGACCCAGGUAUUCCAGGAGCCCCUGGUGGACCAGGGAUACCCGGCGCCAAAGGAGCUAUGGGAGAAAUGGGAUUUCCAGGCCCCUCUGGCCAAAAAGGUGUUCCCGGUUUGUCUGGUCGGCCUGGCGGUCCUGGACAGCCUGGAAGUCCUGGUUUCCCUGGAGGCAAAGGUGAACCCGGAUCAGGUGGAGUGGGCCCACCAGGACUCCAGGGACCCAAGGGAGAACCAGGGCAGUCUGGUUACCCAGGAACCCCAGGGCUUAAAGGUACCCCCGGAUCCCCCGGUCUGCCUGGUCUACCCGGAGGUCCAGGAGCCAAAGGAGACCCCGGUCUGCCUGGAUUUCAAGGUUCUCCCGGUAUCCCUGGUCCCAAAGGUCUGGAUGGAGGUCCUGGGGGACCUGGACUUAAUGGUGGCCCAGGACGACCAGGUGAGCCCGGUCGACCAGGUGGACCCGGAUUCCCUGGCGAGAAAGGUCAGGCGGGAAGAGACGGCAUCCCAGGACCAGCUGGAGUCAAAGGAGAACCAGGUCUUCCUGGUUUUGGUGGUCCUGGUCCAUCUGGCCCUCCAGGUUUAUCGGGUGCAAAGGGAGACCCAGGUCUGCCUGGUCCUUCGGGUUCUCCUGGUUUCCCUGGUCCCAAAGGAGAAGCUGGUUUCCCUGGUAACCCCGGUUCCCCAGGCCCUGGCGGUCCUGCCGGUCCUCCGGGUAUACCUGUGCAGGGACCAAAAGGACUUCAGGGAUCUCCCGGACCACCAGGACGAGCAGGUCCCACAGGGUCCUCGUGGUCCUCCAGGCAUUGGAGGAGUGAAGGGAGAGAAGGGCAUCUCCGGAGCCCCAGGAUCACCAGGCUUCCCCGGGCAGAAAGGAGAGUCUGGCACCCCUGGUUUCCCGGGUCCCUCUGGUUUGCCUGGUGGCCCUGGCUUGAAGGGUGAUGUGGGUCUACCCGGUGUUCCUGGUUUCCCUGGACCUAAAGGAGAUUCUGGAAUUCCUGGUGGAAGUGGACUUCCUGGAGAUCGUGGAGACCCUGGUCCCAUGGGUCUGCCCGGUGACCCUGGUGUCCCUCCAACCCCCAUCAUGGUAAAGGGCGAGCGUGGUCCUCCUGGUCCUCAGGGUUUGAAUGGAGGUCGCGGUCCACCUGGUAACCCUGGACGAGAGGGUCUUCCAGGAGCCCCGGGGGAGCCUGGAGAUCCUGGUCCUGAGGGAACGCCCGGGUUCAGUGGUCCACCCGGCAGGAAAGGAGAUACUGGCCCAGCCGGACAGCCAGGUUCUCGUGGUUUGCCUGGUCCUACUGGUUCAGAUGGGCCUCAGGGUCAGCCUGGUCAGCCCGGAUCUGUGUCUUCUGCUCAUGGCUUCCUCAUCGCGAGACACAGUCAGUCUACAGAGGUGCCCUUCUGUCCAGAGGGAAGUAACCUCAUCUACGACGGAUACUCACUGCUCUACGUACAGGGCAACGAACGAGCUCACGGACAGGACCUGGGUUCGGCUGGCAGCUGUCUCCGUCGCUUCAGUACGAUGCCAUUCAUGUUCUGUGACAUCAACAACGUGUGCAAUUUUGCCUCUCGCAACGACUACUCGUACUGGCUGUCCACGCCUGAGCCCAUGCCGAUGUCCAUGGCCCCCAUCACCGGGGAGGCCAUCAAACCUUUCAUUAGCAGUUUCUAG